AUGCAGGGGGCCUGCGUGCUGCUGCUGCUGCUGGGCCUGCAGCUACAGCUCUCCCUCGGUUUCAUCCCAGUUGAGGAGGAAAACCCCGCCUUCUGGAACCGCCAGGCAGCCCAGGCCCUCGAUGUAGCUAAGAAGCUGCAGCCCAUCCAGACAGCUGCCAAGAAUGUCAUCCUCUUCUUGGGGGAUGGGAUGGGGGUGCCUACGGUGACAGCCACUCGGAUCCUAAAGGGGCAGAUGAAUGACAAGCUGGGACCUGAGACACCCCUGGCCAUGGACCAGUUCCCAUACGUGGCUCUGUCCAAGACAUACAACGUGGACAGACAGGUGCCAGACAGCGCAGGCACUGCCACCGCCUACCUGUGUGGGGUCAAGGGCAACUACAGAACCAUUGGUGUAAGUGCAGCCGCCCGCUACAACCAGUGCAACACGACACGUGGGAACGAGGUCACGUCUGUGAUGAACCGGGCCAAGAAAGCAGGGAAAUCAGUGGGAGUGGUGACCACCACCAGGGUGCAGCACGCCUCCCCAGCCGGGGCCUAUGCGCACGUUGUGAAUCGAGACUGGUACUCAGACGUUGACCUGCCUGCCGAUGCACAGACGUAUGGCUGCCAGGACAUCGCCACACAACUGGUCAACAACAUGGAUAUUGACGUGAUCCUGGGUGGAGGCCGAAAGUACAUGUUUCCUGAGGGGACCCCAGAUCCUGAAUACCCAUAUGAUGUCAGUCAGACUGGAGUCCGGAAGGAUAAGCGGAAUCUGGUGCAGGAGUGGCAGGCCAAGCACCAGGGAGCCCAGUAUGUGUGGAACCGCACGGAGCUCCUUCAGGCGGCCAGUGACUCCAGUGUAACACAUCUCAUGGGCCUCUUUGAGCCGGCAGACAUGAAGUAUAAUGUUCAGCAAGACCCCACCAAGGACCCGACCCUGGAGGAGAUGACAGAGGUGGCCCUGCGAGUGCUGAGCAGGAACCCCCGGGGCUUCUACCUCUUCGUGGAGGGAGGCCGCAUUGACCACGGUCACCAUGAUACCAAAGCUUAUAUGGCGCUGACCGAGGCGGUCAUGUUUGACAAUGCCAUCGCCAAGGCUAACGAGCUCACUAGCGAACUGGACACGCUGAUCCUUGUCACUGCAGACCACUCCCAUGUCUUCACUUUUGGUGGCUACACACUGCGUGGGACCUCCAUUUUCGGUCUGGCCCCCAGCAAGGCCUCAGACUUUAAGUCCUACACCUCCAUCCUCUAUGGCAAUGGCCCUGGCUACGUGCUUGGCGGGGGCUCACGGCCCGAUGUUAAUGACAGCACGAGCAAGGACCCCUCGUACCGGCAGCAGGCGGCCGUGCCCCUGUCUAGCGAGACCCACGGGGGCGAGGACGUGGCGGUGUUCGCGCGAGGCCCGCAGGCGCACCUGGUGCACGGCGUGCAGGAGGAGACCUUCGUGGCGCACGUCAUGGCCUUUGCGGGCUGCGUGGAGCCCUACACCGACUGCAAUCUGCCGGCCCCCUCUGACCUCUCCGACGCCGCGCACCUGGCGGCCAGCCCGCCUUCGCUGGCGCUGCUGGCCGGGGUGAUGCUGCUGCUGCUGGCGCCCGCCUUGUACUGA